AUGCUGCCUGCUUGUACCCCCAAGAACAGCUUGAAAAGAUUACAUACAAUCAGUCAUCACCUCAUCGCGACGACAGUCUGCUCAGGAAAUCAUCCAGCGCCAGCAUCUAGUCCAAUCACGUCCAGGAUGACGCUCUCACCAAGCACUCAACGCGCCCCAUGGCGUGAUAUUCUUGACUCCCACCUGGAAGAAACACCAGGCUAUGAGUUCACGAUUGCGACUGUGGGUCAUGAUGCCCAGGGUCGUCCAGUUCCUCGGGUACGCACAUGCGGGUACCGAGGCUUUUUCCCAGAGCUUGAACUGCAUCCAAAAGGCCAACAAGCGAUGGAUGAAAUGGUUGAGUGGGGCGGUAACCCGUCGGUCUACGAGAGUGACAUGAUGACAUUCACUACUGACGUGCGGAUGGAGAAACUGGGGCAGCUAGAGGAGUCAGGGCAUGCUAUUGAGGCUCUCUUCUGGUUGCAGGAUGUUAUGGCUCAGUGGCGGGUGAAGGGCAGAGCCUAUGCGGUUGGGAAUCCAAGUGAGGAUGAAGAGGGUGAACAGGUUUCCCGAGAGACAGCUGCGAAGGGUUUGAGGAUGAAGGGCGAUGCCAAUGGCAAUACCACCGAGUGGACUUGGGAGAAGGCUGUGACGAAGUAUUUUGCGAACCACUCUCCUAUCAUGCGAGGUUCUUUCAAAGCUCCGCCCCCUGGACAACCGCGGUCCAAGGUUCCGGAUGAUCAGGCAUUGGGUCUAGGACAGAAAAUCACAGAUCUUCACGAUCCUGUUGCUCGUGGAAAUUUCAGGGUGGUAAUUAUCAUGCCAGAGGAAGUUGAGCAGCUGGAUUUGUCAAAUCAGGAGGACCCCAAGAGAUGGAAGUGGACGUUGGUUAAUGACCAAUCUGGGAGCCAUUGGGUCGAGACCGAAUUAUGGCCGUGA